UCCGGUAUCUAUACUUACAGCUAAACUGGUUCCUGGUACAAGUCAAAAUUCGGAUCCUACGGGUCCUACAAACAAGCCUCCUCAGCAGGAUAAAACGGAGGCAGAAAAGGGCCCUGGGCAAGCCAAUGCAUCAUGCUCCCUGGGAAAUAAAGUUGUUGGCCAGGCUAAUGCAUCGGUAAUGGCUGGCACUGAGAACUUUUUUUCGAGCACCGGCGGGGUUGAAAAUGAUGCGAAGACGUCUGAUGUGAACGCUCAAGCUAUCUUCGAUUCUCUGUCUAUCAUUCCAAAUACAGUUUACCUGUUGUGGACAGAAUAUGCGACGGAUUAUAUGAAGCAAAAACUCGAAGACGGCUCCAAGUCAGCUAACAUAGAGGAAAAGUAUUUACUCUGCGUAUCAUUGUGGUUCCUAUUUGCCAUAUCAGGAGUCAGUAGCUCGAUUUUUAUUGUGUUGAUUUCGCUCGCCAUGCCUGGGUUCGAGUCGCUGAAGGCAAUCGAAAGUGGCAACCCAGGACUUAUUCGACGUUGGCUGAAGUAUUGGGUUGUGUUUGGGGUCGUUAACGCCGUCGAGUUCGUCAUACCCAUAGUCGUGGCAAAAGCAUUGUCAAUUAGCUUCUUUAAGGGAUGCCUGCUGCUAUGGUGUAUCCUUCCUAUAAAACCCAACGGAACAGAGCUGGUAUACAGCAGGUUCAUUAACUCGCGUGCCAGAGAAGAUAUCGAGGCUACAGCCCGUGUGCUCGAGUCGUACCUCCGUAUGCUUAGAAAGAGAGACUUGCCGCAAUACAUCGCGGCAAAACAGUUUGUGACGGAAUGCGCUGUGGCCGGUUUGGACCCGUCUCUGAAAGAUAUGGAAGCCCAUUUGUCUUCUCUUGGCCCAGAUGGUACUUCUGUUGCACCAAGUGCUGCUCCUCUUCCUGAAUUUGAACUCGUCUUACCCGAAAGAAAGGAACCGGGCAUUUUCGCAGAGCAUUACAGGAAACCUUUGCUAGUUGCUGUGGGUGCUGGGGUACCAGAAAUUACCAUCUCGGACCCGCAAAAAGCGGCUAGUAAGAACGCUAAAGGGCAUAAAGGAAAAACUGAUUCGUCAAAAAAUUCCCUAUCGAAACAGAAGUUGUCGAAGGAGCCUGGAAAGGGCCAAUACUCUUAAUUACCGAUGUACAAUGUUCAUAAAAGACUCAGAUGGCAUGCUC